AUGCAAUGUGACAUUGAAUUUGAUCAAAUUAUUUCCACUGCUCUGUCCCUUGAAAAUGAUUAUCCAGAAUUGUCCCCUCCCCUGAGGGACCAAGACAAAGGUUUUCAAGUUUUUCCUGAUCCUUGUCCAACUAAAGAAAUUCAGAUUCCUCUCCAUGACAGCAAGAUUCUACAACAGACCCUGAUGGAACUUUACCAAGUCUUGGGGUUCCCACAAGGAACUCAGACCCUUUUGACUGUUGAAUUGUCUGACUCAGAGGAACAAUUCAAAAAAGCACCAUCAAUCAGAGCUGAGCCUCAUCUCCCUAGGGGCUUAAAAAGAUUGUUUCCUGAAGAGGAGCAGGUGAUAUGUAAGAAACCAAGGAUUGAGCUUGAUAAGACUAUGAAGUCACCCACAACCUACAAUGGUAGUAAGAGAACAAAUUUCAGUAAGGAACAGAUCCUUUUCCUUAUUAGUCAGUUUGAACUCAACCCUUAUCCAGAUUUCGUGAGAUGUGGUAUUGCCAGAUUAACCAGCGUUCCUGAAUCUAGAAUUCAGGUCUGGUUCCAGAACAGAAGGGCAAGACAUCCACACGGACCUCUUAGAGCGAAGCCACUCAUAUAUACAUCCAUUGAAUUAGAAUAUGACUAG